AUGCUGCUGAUGAUGGCAGUGAGUCGGGGCGAUGAGGCGAUGGUGCGGAUGCUGCUCUCACACGGCGCCGACCCCAACGUCACGAACUCGUACGGAGAUACCUCCCUGCACCACGCGGCUUGCUUUGGCUGGCUGGACAUCGUUCGCCUGCUACUGGAGGCCGGCGCCGACCCCAACGUCACCACGACGAAGAGCGGGGAGACGCCGCUGAUGAAGGUGAUGAGGAAGUGCGAGGAGGCGCAUGAGCGGGUGAAUAAGCUCACACACGACGGCGACUACUUGGACAGACAGGCCAGCAUAUACCAGUACCUCGAGACUUGCUCUGGCAGGCUAGACAUCAUGCGCUUGCUACUGGAGGCCGGCGCUGACCCCAACGUCGCUGAUACGGACAGCAGGGAUACGCCGCUGAUGAUGGCGAUGAUUACUCUUCUCUUGAAACACGGAGCUGACCUGAACCUCGUCGAUUGUAACAAGAGGACGCCGCUCGCUAUAAUAGUCAGCGAGGUGAGAAGCCGCAUGAUGAGUGAGCGAGGAGUACAAGCGGCGUUAGCUCUCCUACAGACGUGCGAGUCCGCCGGCGUACUUCUACAGCUGCGCUGA